AUGUUUAGGAGAACAUGCUUUGGCAUGUUUCUGGAUGUGGGGCACAUGAAUUUCUCUGGCCAGUUGGUACAUCAAGCUCUACUACGACAAGUUGUAAACUCUGGUAAAGAAGAAUCUGGUGUGAUAUUAUUCAGGUUCAAAUUUGCUGGAAAGAGGGCAACAUUUUCUAUUGCUGAAUUUGCUCUUAUCACUGGUUUGUUAUGUGGUGAUGUCCCUCCCCUGUCUAGCUUGAUUGACACUUCUGUGCAUAGGAUUAGGGACUUGUAUUUUGGUGGAAAUAAGAGCAUUGGUAGAAAUAAGUUAGAUGAAGUUUUCAUGAGUUGUGAUCCUGAACCUGGAAAGGAAGAAGAUGUGUUGAAGCUAGCUCUGGUAUAUUUUUUGGAGUCUGUUUUACUGCCUAGGGAGCGUAGUAGGAACAUAGAUAUUCAGUGGUUGCAAUUGGUUGAUAAUGUUAAUGUGUUUAAUAAGUAUCCAUGGGGAUCUGUGAGCUACGCACGUACUGCAAAGUCUCUUGCAUCUGUCAUGGUAGGUCGUGCUGAAAAUUUUAAAAAAAGAUCGACAAAGAUGGAAAAGUACAGCAUAUAUGGAUUCCCGCUAGUACUUCAGAUAUGGCUUUAUGAAGCGGUGCCGCGCAUCGGUAUGUCUUAUGCAAAUGUGAGAAAAGAAAACCGGUUUCCCCGAAUAUUGAACUGGAGCAGCACUGCCACUCCAGAAUCUAAUGCUAUUGUCUCCAAUAUUUUUGAUAUGAAAAAGCUAGAAGUGCAUGAUACGCUUGUCCCUACUGAUUUAGAGUUAGAGCAGAAAUAUUUGAGUAGUAUUGGGAGCCCCAAGUUAAAGGAGACGACCAAUGUUGUGGGGAGCUCCAAGACAAAGAAGAAGAGCUCAAAGAAGAAGAGCAAUGUAGCGGAUGAGGGCAAUGUUGCGGUGGAUGCGUUUGAGAAUUUGUUUGGAGAUGAGGACAAUAAUCGCCACAACCCUGAGAUUGAGUGGGAGGAUGAUCCAAUGGGAAGAGUUAUUGAGAAGUUAUUUGGGAUGGAGAAGUUGUUGAUUGAGCAGAAAAAAAUAAAUAGGUUGUUGAGGAAUGAGGUUACAACUUAUUUUGAUGCAUUUUUCCAGUCUGUGGAGGAUAAUAUGAAGACAGUAGUGGAAUUUAGAAUAGGAACUAACAUGGAGGUGGAUGAUGAGGUUCUAAGUGAUGAGAUUGAACCUCAAAACAAGGGGUUGGAGAAUAAGGAGAAUGAUACGAAGGAGGAGGAGGAUAAGGUGGAGGAAAAUGAGGAAAAGGUGGAGAAUGAGGAGAAGGAGGAUGAUGUAGUUCAAGUAAAAGAGAAUAAGGAGAAGGAGCCGGAGCCGGAGCCGGAGCCGGAGCCGGAGCAGAAGCAGGAGCAGGAGCAGGAGCAGGAGGAGGUGGAGGAGGAGAAGGUGGAGAAGGAAGAAGUUGGAGUUCAAGAGAAUGAGAAGAAGGAGGAAAAGGAUGAGAAUGAGGAGGUUAUAGUUGGAAGAAAUGAUGCGGAGUUGCCAAGUAUGGAGCUGGAAGCUGUGGAUGAACUAUUAGAGCUUUCAAAGCAUCGGUUUACACCAGAGAAGAUAAACAAGGACUCUGAAGGAGUGGAGGAGAUUAGAGAGUCUCAGUUUCCCACGGCUACACCAGGUGGGACACGCAAGUAUACCAGAAAUAAGAAUAAGCGUGCGAAGAGGCCUGGACCACAAACAAAAACACCAUUUACCUCCCCCAGCUUCAAGAGGAGGAAACUUAUGGUGGAAAAUGAGACAGUUAAUCCAUUGACAGACGCUCCAAUAUUACAGUUGAAGCGAGCGUAUCCAAAGGAAUGGGCACGCGAUUUACUUGCUUUUAUGAAAGACAAUACACUUGAAAGUAAGUUGAUAAGUUGGGAGCCAUGUCAAGUAGACAAGAAUUGGUUUGUGGAUGCCAUCAGACCAGAAACCUGGUUAUCGGACAAGCACCUUGAUGUGGCAAUGUACCAUAUUCGUAGAAGGAUUGCCAAUAACCCUGAAGUUUUUAAGAAGAAGUCUGCAGUGCUCGACAGUUUUUUCUUUGUAAGUAUAUUUCCAACUAGUUAG